CAACUUCUCGUUCCCAUCCCAUGUACACACCUACUGUCCGGCUUCCCAAGCCAUGAAAGACACGCUUCAAAACAUUGUAUUCUCGACACUCGCUCUCCGCCAGCUUAUCACGAUCAAUAAGGUUCUCUCUUGCGAUAGAUAGCGGGAGGAGGCUACUCUAAGGGGCCUGCCAGGGCCUAUCGGCAACCUUCAUAAUGAAGGCGUUCAAGUCGUACUUCACGCCAGUCUCUAAACAUGACGAGAAUUCGCAGCAGCCGGAAGAGCAUUCGAUGGUGGAGAGGAAGGCAAGAGGAACGAAGGCAAACCCGCCCGUCGCUUCCCCUGAGCCACCACGGAAUCUGGUUUCGCACAACAGCCCACAGCAGGCACCGGUGAUAGCAAGCUCGCUCACUUCGCAUCCUCCUUCACAGUCUGGCCUCCAGCCUCUUUCUUCUGUACCACAGUCUCUCAGAUCAUUCAACGGGUCUCGACCACAACUGCACGGGCGGAACCACUCGGCCACCAACUCCUAUGCCGGAUCAAUCCCAGGACGCAAGAGCCCAUCCUCGCCCCGACCGACGUCCUCGCGACAUUCCCUAUUUCCAGCUGGCGACCGCCGGAACUCGGACUAUUCUCUAAUGGAUAUCAAGAAUGACAUGAUGGUGAACUGGCUCUACGAGCAGCAGCUCCGCAAGCAGUACGCCUCGGGUACGUACGCCUUUGAGGGUGUCGUCCUCAAGAAAGCCCGGGGCAACUUCACCUGCUGUCCCGCCGAGAUGAGCUCCAUCCCGGGCUCGCUGUACACCAUGGUGGCUCGGAUGAAUGUCCGCUGCGCAAUGACCGUCAACACGCCUGUCGUGCGGGCGAUUCUCGGGUCUCUUCGCCGCAAGGAGGCGGGGAUCGACUACGUACCUCUCGCCGAAGGACUGCGCGUCCAGAUCCUUCAAACCAUGGCAGACCUUCCAAGGUGUCAGUUGCAUCAGUUCGCUGCAUUCAUCGAGGAUGUCAGCAUGCUGAUCGUGUGGGACGACGAGCCCGAAAAGUUGCUGGGCCGGGCGCAAAAUCUGGAGAUGCGUUUUAUGGAGAUCAUUUGGGGCCGUGAUGGUGAAGGAGAGGAGGAGGCGCAGGAUGAGAAGGCUCAAGCCGCUGCCACCACGAAUGAGAUUGACGCGAAUCAACUGGAGGAAGCAUUGGCUCGGGAGCAUAGGCCCGUCCGACUGGAAAGUGCCACGGUGGUUGCUCUGACCCUGGCAAUCUGCUUGGUAUGCAUUGGCCUGGGCUGGAGGUGGCUGGCACUAGAGGUCAUGGUCGACGGCGACUACAAGAGACUGGCAUUGAUAGCGGCCGCGCCGGUUCAGAUGUUCGCAAGCUUGUUCUUCUUCCAGGCUCUCAUCGGCAAUCUGUUUCAGAUCUUCGGGCCCAUCUCCGCUGUCACCGCCAAUAGCAAGUACUACUCGGGCAAGGCUCCGCGCCGGCUCAACCGCGACAUCCACACUCUCCCGCACGUCACGAUUCAGAUGCCCGUGUACAAAGAAGGGCUCAACGCCGUCAUCCGGCCGACGGUAGUGUCUCUCAAGACCGCGAUCAGCACCUACGAGAUGCAGGGCGGCACCGCGAACAUCUUCGUCAACGACGACGGCAUGCAGCUGCUCAAGGACGAGGAGGCCCAGGCGCGCCGGGACUUCUACGACGAGCACAACAUCGGCUGGGUGGCACGGCCCGCCCACUGCCCGAAGCCGGACAGCGAGAAGGGCGAGAAGUACUUCCUCCGCCGCGGCAAGUUCAAGAAGGCCAGCAACAUGAACUACGCACUGCACGUCAGCAACAGGGUCGAGGACAUGCUUGCUCGCAUUGAACGCCCCCAAGGCUGGACCCAGGAUCAAGAGUCCAGCACUUACCAACAGUGUCUGGCGGCGGCGUUGGACGAGGAUGAGGGAAGAACCUGGGCGGAUGGGAACAUUCGUGUGGGCGACUAUAUCCUGAUCAUCGAUUCGGAUACGCGGGUGCCCCAUGACUGUCUGCUCGAUGCUGUCAGCGAGAUGGAACAAAGCCCAGAGGUUGCCAUCAUGCAGUACACGUCGGGCGUCAUGAACGUGACGACAUCGUUUUUCGAAAACGGCGUGACUUGGUUCACCCGGUUGAUCUACACUGCCAUCACCUUCGCUGUCGCCUCGGGUGAUGCCUGUCCGUUCGUCGGCCACAACGCCAUCCUGCGGUGGCGAGCCCUCCAGGAUGCCGCGUCGUACUUUGACGAGGACGGCUACGAGAAGUUCUGGUCGGAAAGCCACGUCUCCGAGGACUUCGACAUGGCGCUCCGCCUCCAGGUGGCGGGAUAUUCGCUCCGGUACUCGACCUACACCGGCAGCGGGUUCAAGGAAGGCGUCAGCUUGACCGUCUACGACGAGCUGGCCCGGUGGCAGAAGUACGCCUACGGGUGCAACGAGCUCAUCUUCCACCCGUUGCGGUUGUGGCCCGUACGCGGCCCGUUCACACCCCUCUUCCGAAAGUUCAUCUUCUCGUCCAUCCCCUUUCCCAAGAAGGUAACCAUCUGCGCCUACAUCGGGACGUACUACGCCAUCUCGGCGGCGUGGAGCCUGUCGAUCGCCAACUACUUCAUCACGGGCUGGUACUACGGGCUGUACGACAAAUACUACCUUGACUCGUUUGCCAUCUACAUUUCCAUCAUCGUUGUGUUUACUGGCCUCGGGAACGUCGCGUUGGCGGUGCUCCGGUACCGACUGAGCGAACAGUCCCUCCUGGGAUCUUUCUUCGAGAACCUCAAAUGGAUACCCAUGUUCACCAUCUUCCUGGGCGGCAUCUCGAUCCACCUCAGCCAGGCGAUCGUGUGCCACUUCUUCGAGAUCGACAUGUCGUGGAGCGCGACGUCCAAGGAGCUUGAGGAGGUCAACUUCGGCAAGGAGGCGCUCCAGAUCCUGCGCAAGUUCAAGUGGACCUUCCUCUUCUGCUUCUCGUGCACCGCCCUCAUGGUCUGCGGCUACUUUGCCUUCCCCUACAACUGGCGCAUCACCACCUUCUUCUCCAUCUACCCGCUCGCUUCCAUCGUCAUCUCGCACUUUGCCCUCCCGCUGCUGCUGAACCCGGCGCUGAUGAUGUUUACGUGGUGAUUUUGGGUUGGGGGUUCGACAACUGGGGGGUGUCUUACGGCAUAACGAGUAAUUCUGUUAUAAUAUUUCAAGUGUUUGUAUUGGAGUUCGACGGGGAUUGACUGACUGACUAACUACAUCACAA